AUGCGAACCUUCCAUAGCCAAGUCGAUGUUGCAUCUGCAGCUCUCAUCCAGAACAAGCUCGAUGUCUCAUCUGCUGAUUCUCUGCCCCUGAGAGAUGCAGUCCACCCGGAGCACUUCUCGCAUGCGGCCGUGCCGUUUAGCUGGACCAUGGUCGUGCCAGCGCUUCUUUGUGUGUGUCUUCUCGUCCUGCACGAGCGACGUGUGGAGGCAGGAGCAAAACCUCUGCUGGCAAGCCACAGCCGCAACAGCACCGUGCCGCUGCAGACGGCAUUUCUUGCAUUUUGGAUGGUUCCUUUUCUCAUCGACUCCAUGUUCAUGUCGUUGUCACUGGACUAUGCCUUAGCCAUGGGCGAGUCUGCAACUGCCAGUGGUGUUUUUCUCGGUGCAGCCGCGGCGGGUUCUACUGUCGGGAUAGUCAUAGGACGGGGCUUCACUAGUGAGACAGACUGGAAUCAGAAAUAUGCUCGAAAGAUUUUUGUCUACAUGUACGGGCUUUCAUUGAUGGCCAUGCCGGUCAUGGCUAUAAGCAUACAGACUUCUGUCGACUGGAGCCCUGGCGCCAAAAGGCAGAUGUUUUGGUCCGUGGUCGUGCUGAACUUUUGCACCACCUGCGUCGGGAGCAUUCCAGUAGUUGCCUGGAGCACCAUGUGGAACAUUGUCACGCCACAGAAGGAGAAAACUUUCUGGAUGAUGCUGACUCAAUCCGCACGGAAUGCAGGUUUCAUUCUUGGUCCUCUCUGCUUGGCAGGCAUCAGUCAUGUCGUUCGAAAGGUCCGGGAUGUCCGAGCUGUAUCCCCAAUUAGCAUGAUGAGCUGGGCUUUCAUGGGCUCCUUUUUCAUCCAGCUGGUCGAGUUGGCAGCCUACUCCUUGAUAAUCCCUACCCACCUUCAACCAGCCGACGGUGCAGAAGAGCUGGAUGCCUUACGCGAAGAGGCUUCCGAUGUACAUCCCGAGCAGCUGCCAGCCCCAGCUCGCGAGCAGAUGAUGUGGGACGUGGUCUUCUACCUCUACGAACGAACCUUCUCCACAGGAGCUAUCGAGGUCGCCACGAUUAUGCUUCUGGAGGUUCCUUACGGAUGGUCUCCUGAGCUCAGUGGAAUCUCUUUUGUUGUGAUUGCUGCAGGAAGCUUGCUGCUUACUGGAGUUUCGGCCAUCGUUCUUUCGAAGAAGUUUAUGACCGAGUCCAACAUAUUCCUGCUCAUGACGUGCUUGGGCUUCACCGGUUCCAUCUUUCUUUUCGACGUGAAGUUCUUCGGUGCUGGCGCUUUGCUAGCUGCUGAUGCUUUUGUCUAUGGUGGAACGAGCGUUGCUACUGGCAUUGCCGAGGGUUGGGCGUGUCGUGCGGCAACCCCCGGGACAGCAUACAACAUAGAGGCUUUCCGAGCGCACAGUGUAGCUGGCGUGAAUGUCAGCCGAUUUCUUGCUCCGAUCGUUGCACGAUUCCUUUUGGAAUUCGGGGGGCGGAACCUCUACGCAGCCGUGCAGUCAUUCCUGUGCUUAGUGGCUGCAGUCACAGUACAUCGGAUUGUUUCCUCUGCGGCCGCAUCUCAGCAAGCUGUCAAAGGGCAGAAGAGCCACGACGAGGGUGCAGACUCCGGUGAAGCGAGUGUCACCAUGCAAUGA